GGGCUGUCAAACCGAAUUGUUGAUUUGUUUACUUCUCUUCUCGUAGCUAUUUUGUGAUAAGUUUUGCAUCGAAAAUGUGUGAUUCAGAAAUAGAAUUUCUAAAAGCACAGCUGGCAACUGCUAGAAGUGAAAUCAAAAACUUAAGGCAGCAACUUUCCAACCUGCAGCACAUGCACACGAAAGAGAUUCAGAAUGUUAUGAAAAUUUUGAAUGAUUAUCGGUGCGAUGGGUGCCGGGAAAAACAGCAACAAAAUGGACAGCGCCAAGAUAUGGAAGGCUCAACUAAUGAGGACGAUGCUGAUGUGUGCACAUUCAAGCCAAUAGGUGUAAUUAAAACGGUGUUCAAUGAAAAGCGGGCUGUACCGCGGCAGGCCAGUCUGGCAACGGCUUUGCUGAGCAGGAUAGAUAUAUCACCCAAAACAUUUAACAAUCCCGGCCACUCGCUUGAUGGGCUGGAAAACUUUUCGCACCUGUGGAUCAUUUACUACUUUCACCGCAAUCCUAACCAUGCGAAAGCGAAAGUAGCUCCCCCACGACUAGGUGGCGAACGUGUUGGAGUGUUUAGUACGAGAUCGCCCCAUCGUCCAUGUCCGAUUGGAUUAUCGCUGGUGCAACUGGAUCGGGUUGAAGAUUCCAAAGUGUACUUUCUCGGUACAGACAUGGUUGAUGGUACUCCCGUUCUAGACAUCAAACCGUACAUCCCACAGUAUGAUGUUCCGGUGAACCUCAAAGAGGCAGAGUUUUUAAACUCACGCGAAGCACCGGAUGGUGAGGAAACAACCCUGUUAGACAGGAAUUCGGCCACCUCAAAUGGGCAACCGUUGCCUAACGUAUCCGUACCUAAUUGGGUUCUGAACAGUUCGAGCUUAAACGUUAUGUUCAAUGCAAAUGCAGAAUCGCAACUCCAAGAGCUUCAAAUAGAAAAGAAUUCCAUUGUAGAUGUACUAAAGGCCGAUCCACGUUCUGUUUAUUUACGCACGAAGUAUGGAUCGCAAAUAUACACGUUUCAAUUGGGAGAUCAUACCGUCACGUGCAAAUUUGACGAUCAAAACACCACCGUAACCGUCCUACAAGUAAGAGAUGUUGUAAACUUCCAGGAAAUGGAUGGGGAAUGCUCUUCAUCUAAUGAAUAAAAAGUGAAAUAACUAAGACAAAUACAUUGUCUAGUGGUGUAACGUAUGCUUCAUAAGUAGACGUAACUAGGUCAUGCAAUUUCCGAAAUUGAUUUAUGCUAGAUAGCGAAGGCGAGACAAUUUAUGCGGUGAAAACUAAUAAAUAAAAAAUAAUUUUUCAUAUUUUUUUCCUCUCCUCACAAAUAUUAAAACCCAAAUGCCACAGAUUAAGCUUAAACGACUGGAAAAUCGAAUAUCCAUAGAAAAAACGAAAUCUCCCUAGCUUCAUUGGUUUGCUCAAUAGAUGGCGUAUUACAACUCAUCAUUGUAUUGCUGUCGUUUUCCUAUAUGUGUGACCUAUAUAAGCCUUCUAACUUUCCGAGCAAAAAAUAGUGAAAUUGAUCGUGUGGUCAGUCAGAUACAUGGGUAUCAACACCGACGAUCAUUAUUCAAAUCUCACUUACUUCAGCGCUGGUGGUUUCCAUGGGAGUUCAAUAUUUAAAUCAUCGUAUCGCCGUUCUAGUUCUAGCGAUGCAUAACUUCAAUGCGAAACCAUACAACAGUACAGAGGAAAUGAGAAAGCUCUCCUCCAAGCGAUGAAGCUCAACUGGUUGGGGUAUCCCACCAACAGAGCGCCACCAGCUUUUUUUGCUAUUUUUAGAAUGCAUGAGUCGUUUGCCGUCUGCU